AUGAAGUCGAGUCUCGUGCUCGGCGCUCUCGCCGCUGUUUCCUCUGCUUCCUCCAGCAUGAGCACUUCGUGGGACACCACUUUCUGGACUGUUGUCAGGCCAAGUUCGUCAGCCAACACAACCCUUCCAGGACCGGUCACAACCCUGACGUUGACUAUCAACUCCACCAUGUCGGGCACUCAUACAAUUUACAACAACGGCGAGCCUAGCUCGACCACCACUGUCGUCAACAUAGUCGAGCCAACAUCAUCCAUCAACGCUUCUAGCACUGUGCUGGUCCUGGUCCCUCCUCACGUCCACACCACGACCACGAUCCUCAGUACGGUUUCCACUGUCUCCUUGAAGAUAUCUCCGACUGUCUCGUCUACCCGUCUUUCAUCAUCAACCAUCUCUUCAACUCGUCUCUCAUCAUCCAUUUCUUCUACUCGUCGUACAUCCACCAUCUCGUCUACUCGUGGUUCCUCGUCGACCAUCUCAUCCACUCGUCGUACAUCGGUCAGCUCUCCGACCACAACCACGACAGUGACUGUGAAGCAUUGCAAAUCCAAAUCCAAAUCCAAAUCCAAACUCACACCCACACCCACACCUAUCUCGACCUCCUACUCGACUAGUUUCAGAGCGAUAUUUUCUACUAGGACUAAAAAGGUCCUUUCCACUAAGUCUAGAAAGGACUUUUCCACCAGUUUUAGAACGAUCCAUCCUUCUGAAACGACCAUAAUCACGACCGUCACCACCAAGCUUUGCAAGUCCACGCCCACUUUGCACUCUUCUGUCAAGGAACCUAUCACUACUGGUCAAAGAGGUCUAGGGAUGAUUCCAUAG